AUGCGGCGCCCCAAGUACUGGUUUGUGUUUGGGAUGGGCGUUGUCAGGCUGAGCAGCAGCAGCAGCAGCAGCAGCAGCAGCAGCACGAGCAGCGGCAGCAGCAAACCUCAACAACACCCAGUGGCAGCCGGCAGCCAAACGCUGCAGCAGCACAGCAGCGGCGACGGGGCAACAGCCACAGCGACAGAGCAGCAGCAGCAGCAGCAGCAGCAGCAGCAGCAGCAGCAGCAGCAGAACUCCUCUGACCUGAAGGAGCCUGAGCACCAGCAGCAGCAGCAGCAGCAGCAGCAGCAGCAGCAGCAGCAGCAGCAAAUGAAUGUAGUCAGCAGCAGCACCGCAGCGUGGCCAGCAACAGCAUCCCUAUUCGCGGCCUCCGCAGCAGCAGCAUCGACUGCAGCAGCAGCAGCUGCUGCUGCUGCAGCUGCCGCCUUCGCUCUCGCUGCUGCUGCUGCAGCAACAGCAGGAGCCGCUGCUGCUGCUGCAGCUGCCGCCUUCGCUCUCGCUGCUGCUGCUGCAGCAACAGCAGGAGCCGCUGCUGCUGCUUCUGCUGCUGCUGCCGCAGCAGCAAGUGGCAGCUCACAUCCAUUAGAGAAGGAUAGGAAUGGGAAAACGGCAUUUGAGUUAAUGCAGAAACAAAAGCUGUUGUCAUGGCCCCUCCAGCAGCUCUUUGAAUUCCUUCGCCCCGCAGAUCAGCAGAGGUCUGCCCGUCCUCGCAGCUGCAGCAGCAACAAGCAGCAGCAGCAGCAGCAGCAGCAGUCCGCAGCAGCAGCAGCAGCAAUCCGCAGAUGCAGCAGCAAAUCCCCAGUGCUGCACCCGAAUGACGAAACGAAAACUCUGCAGCAGCAGCAGCAGCACACAAACAGCAGCCGCACCCAAACAGCAGGGCCAGAGGAACAGCAGCAGCACGAGCACCCGAAGAAGAGCAGCAGCACCAGCAGCACAGCAGCAGCACAGCAGCACCAGCAGCACAGCAGCAGCACAGCAGCAGCACAGCAGCAGCACAGCAGCAGCAGCAGCACAGCAGCAGCAGCAGCACAGCAGCAGCAGCAGCAGCAGCAGCAGCAGGCCGGACCCGCUGAAGAGCUGGACGUCUCCCAAGACGUAGAAGGGGUUGACUUCUUCAGUCCAUUUGAAGUCUUUUUGACUCCAAACAAAAGACAAGUCCAAACCCGAGCCCGAGUGGCAAGAGUCCAUAACUGCUGUCAGCCGGCAGCCCGAGGGCAGCGGCUGCACCAGGUGCGGCGAAGCGCAGCGGCAGCCAAACGGCAGCCGUGCAGCCGCCAGCAGCAAACCAGCAGCGCAGCAGCAGCAAGGCAGCAGUGGAGCAGCAGCACAGCAGCAGCAGAGCAGCUCGACAGCAGCUACAAAGCAGCAACAGCACAGCAGCAGCAGCGCGUUGGAACUGCAGCAGCGAAGCGGCGGCGUAGCAGCACAGCAGCAGCAAAGCAGCUGAGCAGCAAAGCCGGCUUGAUGAGCAGUAGGGGCAGUGCAGCCGAGAAGCAGCAGCAGCAGCAGCAGCUGCAGCAGCAGCAGCAGGGCAGGCCGGUGCAGCAGUAG